AGCACCCUGACCUGCUGCAGUGACAGAGAACCACUCAAACCAGCAUGCUUCUGCUCCUCUGCUUUCUCAGUCUGGCUCUGGGGGCUGCAUCUUCCUCAACUGAUCAUGAGGUGAGGCUCGAACGCGGCUCCUGUCCCAUGUUCUGGUACAGCUUCAACGGCCGCUGUUACAAAUACGUCGCCACACGUAUGACCUGGGCUGAUGCAGAGCUCCACUGUGUGAGUGAAGGGGCCAACCUGGUGUCUCUCCACAGUCUGGAUGAACACAACUUUGUCAUACACCUGAUAAAGAACUUUGACCCUGAGCAGGGGUCCACCUGGAUCGGACUCAGUGACCUACACAAAGAAGGCAGAUGGAUGUGGUCUGAUGGGUCAAAGGUCAACUUUACUUUUUGGCACUCAGGACAGCCAGACAAUAUACAGGGAACUGAACACUGUGGGGAAAUCCAUAUAGGAACUAUACGUUGGAAUGACAACAUCUGUUCUACCCCACACUCUUUUGUUUGUGCAUCUCGCACAGUUUGUCCUAACAACUGUAACAGUUUGGGCUGA